AUGGAACAGGCUCCUGCUGGAAGCAGUAAUAGCACCAUCAGUUACAGCUUUUCAGGCAGUGGCCCUUCCGGCGGUGAGAAACAUGCGUCCCCGCCACCACCACCCACCAGCAACUCUAAGAAGCGAGGAUGUUUUUACUUGCACCUAGACCUGAGUUUCAACAAUAUCAGCAUCCUCCCUGCAGAUGCCUUCCGUCAUCUGCCUCGUCUAGAUACGCUGAUAUUGAUCGGCAAUCGUCUGUCUACUCUCGACAAGAACGUCUUCAGAGGUCUAAGAAACCUAGACACCCUAAAUCUCAAACUCAAUCGGUUUCAACAAGUCCCAAGAAAAGCCUUCCGCAACGACGACUUGGCCAACCUGAGAAAAUUACACCUGGACAGCAACUGGAUCCGUGACGUCCCCGCCGACGCCUUCAUGAAUCUCACCGCCCUGCACCACCUGAAUCUCGACCAUAACCAGCUGAGCGAAGUGCCGACGGCUGCGCUGCAUCACCUCAGCAACCUCCGAAUCCUACACUUGGAGUACAACAGCAUCCCCGUUGUACCCGACCACGCAUUUGCCGAGAAUAGCCAUCUGAUGGAACUGAUUCUGCGCCACAACAAGAUCACACAUCUCUCUGCGCAUGCCUUCGCCGGUCUCCCCAACCUCUGGGUCCUGGAGUUCUUGGGCAACAGUAUCACCAGCAUUGCCCACACCGCCUUCAGAAACCUCCCUGCUCUUCAGAACCUCAUAAUAUCGGAAGUGAAGAACCUGUCCGUGUUUCCUGACCUGACUGGGACCACAAGCUUGGAACAUCUAGGAAUUGAACGCUGCUCAUUGAGAGCCAUUCCGGCAAACUUUUGUGACAAUAUGACUGGCUUGACAUCACUUAAUCUCCAUAACAACCUGAUCGAAGGCCUGCCCAGUCUUGCCAAAUGCUCCAGCCUCGAGGUCCUUCAUCUUGGUACAAACAAGCUAACAUCGCUCGAGGGUCAGCCGUUCUCUGGCCUUCACGAUCUGUACGACUUGCAGCUUAAGGAAAACGACAUCUCGUACAUCCCAGCAGAUGCCUUCCAAAGUCUGUCUCACCUGGACACUUUAUCGCUCAAUAACAAUACAAUCCGUGAGAUUGACAGCCAGGCCUUUGCCUCAUGUACAAGUCUGCAAUACCUAGACCUGAGCAACAACUCGUUCCCCGUCCUUCCGACCGCCGGCCUGCAGAUGCUGCUCAAGAUCCGCACUUACGACAACGAGCAACUGGAGGACUUUCCCCCACCCUCCGAGCUCCCGAGCAUCACUGAAAUCGCAACCGCUUAUCCCUACCACUGCUGCGAGUACAUUGAACUUGCUGAGGAGUACUUACAGUCUCUUGCAGAUAGGCCAAAUAUCAGUGAGACAACAUAUUGGGCUUCUGGAUCUGUGCCGGACUAUUACAAUAUGACCUUUGACAUCAACUCCGAUAGUUGGAUUGACUCCAGCCCUGGAUUCGGUUCAUUGUUCAUCGGCUCGCAAACUUGGCUGAAUGGCAACUACAGCCGUUUGUUGGUGCCACACAACAUCAGCUGCAGACCUAAGCCAGGGCCCUUCAUGCCUUGCGUGGAUCUUUUUGGCUCUUGGCCUCUUCGCAUUGGCGUCUGGCUCGUCUUCCUCCUGGCGAUAAUUGGCAACGCCAUCGUCAUCUUCGUCAUCAUCGUCAGUCACACGAAGAUGGACGUGCCUCGCUUCCUGAUCUGCAACCUGGCCUUUGCCGACUUCUUCUUGGGCGUGUACCUGGGGUUUCUGGCGGGGGUGGAUACCUCCACGCUGGGCGUCUUUCGCAAGUUUGGCGCCCGCUGGCAGCUGAGUGCUGGUUGUCGCUUGGCCGGGUUCCUGGCAGUCUUCUCCUCGGAGUUUUCCAUCUACACCCUGUCUGUCAUCACCCUGGAGCGCUUCUAUGCCAUCAAGCAUGCCCUCCAUUUAGAGAAGCGGAUGAAGCUGCCCCAUGCCAUCACUGUCAUGUGCUUUGGCUGGAUCUUCUCCGUGACGGCUGCGGUCCUACCGCUGGUCAAUGUCAGCCAUUACCACCGGUUCCCUGUCUGCCUGCCAUUUGAUGUGGACACCACAGUGGCUAAGGUCUACGUGGGCAGCAUCCUGAUCCUCAACAUCCUAGCCUUUGUCAUCAUCAUGGCCUGCUAUGCCAGCAUCUACCUGGCCAUCCAGGGCUCCCACGCCUGGAACUGCAACGACUCCCGCGUGGCACGCAGGAUGUCCCUCCUGGUCUUCACCGACUUCGCCUGCUGGGCUCCCAUCGCCUUCUUCAGUCUGACGGCGGCUUUUGGGCUCCGGCUAAUCUCCCUUGAUGGGGCCAAGGUGCUGACCAUCUUUGUGCUGCCACUGAAUUCCUGUGCCAACCCGUUCCUGUACACCAUCCUGACCAAGCAGUUCAAGAAGGAUUGCAAGACCAUCAUGCGGUCCCUCAGCAACCGAGUCUUCAGGCAGCGCAGCAUGUCACGCUCGAUCACCCUAAGCCUUGGCCGUCACCCCUCAAUGAGGAGCACCCAAGCCCAUCAGACAUCACAGCUGCGCUGGAGAACCAAUGGCAGCAUCAGUCAGGACCUGACAGGAGACCCCUGCCUCGUCUCUUUCAAGACUGAAAAUGCGGAGACCUCCAAUGUCUACACAGUGUCCAACUUUAGUAGCCUGGCCGAUCCCCGGGCAACGGAAACCUCUAAUACCAAUGGCUCCUGUUCCCAUGAUCACUCGCACUCCGAUUCCUCGACAAUGCUGGAUCCCAACACCAGCAACCAGACCCUGGCUGACCCACGCCGGGGUUCCCGAUCCCCCCUACUGGACCUUGUUGCCCAUGUGAGGGGAAAAACCCAUGAUUACAAGCCCAAAGCCAAGACCAGACGUAAGUUCUCCAUUCCCAUCCCUUUUUUCUCCAACCGCAGCCCAAAUAAAACCCCAGCCGGGGAUUCCGGGCAGCCAUCACCAGCUCGCUCAAGCCCACUGGGCCAUCGCCACAAGCGUAGCCACUCAGUGACAGAAGGCCUUCUGCACAAGAUGGGCAGGAAGAAGCCACUCACCUCAGUAUUGAGUGCUCCAGGGGUCACCUCCCCGAUCAGUAAGAGCUCUGAGCGUCUACACCAGGGGAACAGCGUGCACAGCGGAGCCAUCCGCAUCAUCAUUCCACAGAGUGAGAAUCCCGGCAAAGAUUCGACAUCAGCGACGUCAGCAGAGGACGGGGACCUCCAGCACCAGAUAAGAGCCCUCCAAGAUCCCUGGAAUCCCUCAUCCACGCUGUUCAGAUCCCAAAAAGGUCCAGACCAGAUGGAGGCGCAGUGUCUCCUUGAUUCGCCGAGGUCAUUCAAUGAUCCGAACUCAUCCAAGGAUGAGGCGUCGGAAGAUAUCAGUGAAGCUGAGAGGCUUCUCAGGUCCUCUCAUGACAAUCCUGUCCGGGAUCAGCUUUCAUCUGCCAAUCCCUCCCCCUUGCUGCACAGGCCGCAGGAACUGGAACUGGUCACAGUGCCGGCCACCGGCAGUGACAACCCCGACUGCGAUUCUGGUCUGGGCACGGCCUCCUCCCCGUUUCCCGAUUCCACCGAAUACAUGAAGUUUCUCCCAGAAUCCCCUCACAAACUUAACUCCGGCGAGAUUUGUGCGGCCGAGCCAGACUCCCAAAAGACAAAGAGCCAAGGCCUUGGAAGCCUGCUGGUCCACCUUACAAGAUCCGAGCAAAACAACAGCUACAACGAAGUACCCAGUAGUCCCAGCAAAAGCGAUAUCUUAUGUAAGCCGAGAGAAAGUGUUGUAUAAAUCUGUAUUAAAAUUUAUAUAAACAAAAUUGAGAGAUCAGUUUUCCAAAAUGUAUUCCACUUACAUGUAAAUAAAAGCAUCGAUUUUCAGGUGGUUUGUCAAUUGGACGAAUAUAUUGAAAUACAGGGUGGUG